UACAGUAUUGUCCAUUUGUUAUUAUAAAACAUUGUUUGGAUUAGUUAAUCGAAAAAAUCAUAUUAUAUAAUUGUAUCAAUAAACAUCGGUAUUGAACUAACAGUUGUAAUUCGUUUGUAAACACUUUUAUCACUGUUUCCGUUGUAAACAUACUUCCGCCCCAAACCCACAAUGCACUAAUGCGGAAGCUGUCUGAGGGGAACUGAGAAGAAUAAUUAUUGUUGGUAGAGUAAAUUGUGGAGUUGUCUUUCAUAGUGUACUCGUUUGUUUGUUAAAAUCAAAUUAUAAUUAGAGAUAUAUAAUUAUUUAUAUAUAUAAAAAUGCCUUGCUCAGUUCAGUCAUUAAAAAUGAAACAAAAGACUGAGGUAAAAGAAUGUAUGUUAGAAAACCCUAACAUAUCAGUGCAGAAGUCUGUUGACUUCAUGAAGCAGCUCGCAGGAGUUGCUGUUUCUACAAUUUCAUACAUAAGAAACAUCUUUCCACCAUCAGCAUUUAAAACAAAAAAAAUAAGUGGACAGAAGAUUUGGCUCCUGAAGGGAAGUAGUGAUAUCCCUGCAACAUUCACAUUGAUCAACUGGGUUAAGAGCGCAUUUGAGGCAGUUCGAGAACAUAUUUUGAAGAAGAUGGUUUUUGUAAUACAAGAACAAGAUGGACUUGAAACUUUGGAAGUUUAUACUUUCAAUUUUUCUUAUAACUUCGAAGCAAUCAGUUGCAACCUUUUGAAUGGAACUACUGGAGAGGAAAUGACACUUGAAAGCAAGACUGUACCUGAUAACAUUAUGUCUGCAAUACAUUUGUUAUUGAGACGCUUGAUAGUAAUAACACAGCACUUACAGCCUCUUCCCAAUAAUUCUGAACUAAGCAUGCGGCUUGAGUUCUGUGAAAAUGUACCUGCCAGCUACAAACUGCCAGAGCAUUUCAUUCCAGUAGAAUCUCUUUGUAUAAACUUUCCGGUUGAAGCUUGCACAAUCAAAUUGGGAAAGGUUGAGUCUAAAUUCACAGGAAUGGCUCUCUCAACAAAAUCAGUUCUGAAUCAGGAUGAGGAGAAUAAGAUUGAGAGUGAAGGUGAAGACGAAUUGGUACAGCCGUCACAAGAACUUGACUACAACUCUCCAUUUAUUAACCCUUCUGCAAGAAAUUGUACUGAGGAGAGUGUGAUGGCAAUUGAGGCCAGGACCUUGUCAGAGACAUUGUCCUCAACCUGUCUGAGAGAGAAGGAGGUUAGCUGCAUUUGUGAUUGUAACAAUGAGUCAAGUGCUGUUAUCAAGUGCUCUUCUUGUUUCAAAUUUCAGCACAAGGCAUGUUACAAAUUACUGAAUGACCAGGAAAAACCAAAUCACAUCUGUGUCAAUUGUCAUGAGCCUGACAACUCAGAAAAAACAUGCACACAUCCAGAUCUUAUUUAUAAUGAGAAUCGAAAGUUUGAAGCUUUGUAUAGAAGAGCAUUGAUUCUGUGCUUGAACUCAGUUAGAGUAUCAUCAAACACUUUUGUAAGUACACUCAACUUCCCUCGACAAGUUGCUCAGAAGAUACUCAACCAGCUUGACUCUGAUGGAUUUCUCUGCACUCCUACUGGCAAGAGAGGCAAUGUCCGAACUAUAAAAACCGAAUACUUGAAGGACAGUGUAUUUAAUAAACAUUUUGGGUCUGUCCAUAAUGAGGAAUGUAUGGAUACAGACGAUAACAUCCAAGAUACUGCUAAUAUUGAUGGCAAGAAGAUGAAGAGAAGACGUGAACUGGAUGAAGAAUAUACAGUGGGUCCAGCAAAACGUUUGAAGUAUGCUUCCAUCAACAGAGGAUUAUGUAUUGUCUAGGAUGUAUAGAGGACACCAUCUGAUACAGAUAGUUUAGUAUAUUUAUAUCUGUCAUCUCCUUAGACAAAAUUAAUUAAGUUUGAUUUUUCAGAGUCUAUUUAGUAGUAUUUUUCUUUUUAAGAGUAAAUAAUGUGA